AUUUGGUCGUGCAGGGAGAAUUGCUUCUUAAAACAGAGUCAUAUGUACCGAAAUAAACCGUUGAAACAAGAAAAACAAAACCUCAAACUCAUCCCAUUUUCUUGAGUAAUGGCGGCAGCUACAGGGGUCAUCGUGGAGCUUCAGAGAAACUCUCCCAACUGGGCGACGAUAGUGGAAGAAAUAAUGAAGCUAGAGCGGAAGAUCUUCCCGAAACACGAAUCCCUUGCCCGAAGCUUUGACGAAGAACUGAGAAAGAAAAACAGCGGGCUUCUAUAUUACACGGAACAACAUAUAGAUGGUGAAGAAGUUGCAGGCUAUGUCAUGUACUCUUGGCCUUCUUCCCUGUACGCUUCCAUCACAAAGCUCGCAGUGAAGGAUACUUGUCGGAAGCAAGGCUACGGAGAAGCACUACUGACAGCAGCCAUUCAGAAAUGUAGAACAAGAAAUGUCCAGCGCAUAACACUUCACGUUGAUCCCUCAAGAACUCCUGCUGUGAAUCUUUACAAGAAAUUCGGUUUCAAAGUUGACAACCUCAUACAAGGUUACUACUCUUCGGAUCGAAAUGCCUAUAGAAUGUACCUAGACUUUGAUGCCAGCUAGUGAAAUACAGAUGAUAAAUUAAUCCCAAGAUUUUGUUGUGAUGUGAUGUAAUGGCUCAAAACACUUUUGAGUUGUGUACGGGAUUGAGGCCAAUUCAUGACCAACAUGUAGUCUGUCAAUCUGUUAUGAUAUGAAAAACUGCACAAUUGAAAGCAUUUUCUCAAUC